AUGAAUUCUGACGGCUUGCAUGACAUCGCUGCCGCAACAAACGACAAGAUGCGAACGUUUAGCCGGGUAGCAAUCCUGACCAUGGAAGAUGAGUUAAUGAAUAUUGACAACAAUGUAUUCGCGCUUUUGGAAAAAGCCCAGCAAAGAGCUUCUAAAGGAGUACGAAAAUUGCUAACCUUUGGCGAAGACGGUUGUAGCGAACUGACUGGUGCGGUCAACGACAAGUACAAAAUCAUUAAGAAAGAGAUCUUAUCAUUGGGAAUGGUCACCUGCACCCACAGAACUGCAACUUUAUACUCGAUUCUUUCGUCUGUUGGAGACUUGAUUGCUCAAAAGGUCACUUGCGAGUACGAUAAGGAGGAGGCGCUUCGCUGUCUGCUUCGGCAUAUUGCAAAAGCCGCUCCAUAUCAAACUGCAUCAGAAGAAUGCCAGUCGACGCGUGCGCCUGGAGUACAAAUUCUUGACCGAAGCAACGAAUUAGCCAAAGAAAGUUUUGCGCAGAUGAUAGAAGCAUUGCGCAAAACAACAGACGCCGCUAAGUUUGAGGACAGUACAAGCGAUGUGCUGUGCCUUGCCAUUCGGAAAGACAUGUUUCUUGAUGCUACUAAAGAAGAGCCGCUGCUACAGCAUCGCUGGUGUAUUGACAAGAUUGCUUGGACUGAUACGCAGCACCAGGUUAAUCUAAAGGGAUUGCGGAAGCGUUGCUUGAUUUUGCCACGUGAACAUUUCACUCCAGAGCAACUUGCAAAAAUCGAUGGCACCGGUGGGGCGCACUCCACCGCUGAUAGCGCACCAGAACCCACCCCGUCGAGCAGUUCUGCUGCACUCUUAGCUGAAGCGACAUCUGACACGGAUCCCACACAAACAGUCGGCGACAAAUACUUUGAUGCGCAAUCAAGAAAGCGUAAGAGCAAGCCAGUUGAACCAUGUGAGAGUGAUACGCAAAAUGCAGUCACCGAACUUCCGCUUCCUAUUAGCGCUAGCGAUUUUAUCCCAUUAUCCAGCAGCACUCCGAAAAAAUCUACUGAAGAAGUGAGAGGUGGAGACCGUGCUAACAAAAAGGCUCGAUCCUUUUCGGCUUAUCUGGUUUCUGAAGAUGAUCCAGAAGCUACGAAGCGUGCCAUCCAGCACCGUUAUGAAAAUUCUAGCAAAGAUGACAUGAGCGUUUGUGAACAGAGCAACAUCAUCAAAUGCGCUAAGUGUCAUGCGGUCCUUAUUCCGGGUGAUCCGAACAAACCAUGGUUGCACUGUACGGUAUGCAAACACGCAUUUCAUCACAUCUGCGCAUCCUAUGUGUCACCUCGUGUGACCCGAUCCGGAAAACCGCCACCGACUAAGAAUGCCUGGAAAUGUCCUUUCUGCUCUAAGCGCUAACAUUU